GGUUGUCAGUUUCAGGUCUGUCGUUUCUUUCAGCAGAAGCGCAGCAAGUGGUAGAUGAGAGACCCAAAGCCCUGCCUGUGCUAGGGGAGCAACCAAACUCCGAUAACGACAUAAAUGAGUCAGUGUUCAUCUGGGGAAUCUCAGACAAAGCAGCCCAGAGGAAAACCAUCCCUGUCGAUGAAGGUUUAUUUCUACUGCAACAGGAAGAACAGCAGGAGCCCAAACCCCUGCACAGACUGGAAAGAGGAAGGGGAAAACUAAAGCCACAACGUAGUCUACAUAUUAAAGACCGACAUUUCACCUGCAGCAAAAUAAUAGGAAGGAGGUUCACUUGCUUUGCACAGAGACUGAGCCAGAGGCAAAAGCAAAACCAAUGUGAUUUAUUGAAUGAAGACGCUGGACAAUUACCAACAACUUCUUCUGCCUCCUCCAAGCUAAACUGGACCAGCCACGUGAAAAUGACCCAGCAAAUGCAGAAUCUACAUCUUUCCCAGACUAAAAAGAACAGUGCUCCAUCUUCUCCAAAUGCAGCCAAACGCCUCUAUCGGAACCUUUCUGAAAAACUUAAGGGAAGCCAUUCUUCCUUUGAUGAGGCAUACUUUAGAGCAAGAACUGAUCGACUCAGCCUUAGAAAAACAUCUGUGAACUUCCAGGGCAAUGAAGCGAUGUUUGAGGCUGUGGAGCAGCAGGACAUGGAUGCCGUGCAGAUCCUUCUGUACCAAUACAGUGCUGAAGAGCUGGACUUAAACACGCCCAACAGUGAGGGCUUAACGCCCUUGGACAUUGCCAUCAUGACUAACAACGUGCCUAUCGCAAGACUCCUCCUGAAGACAGGCGCCAGAGAGAGUCCCCACUUCAUCAGCCUUGAAAGCAGGUCAGCACAUCUCAACACCUUGGUCCAAGAAGCCCAGCAGAGGGUGAAUGAGCUGUCUGCCCAGGUGGAGAAUGAAGGAUUCAGUAUGGACAGUACGGAGAAAGAGAAACAGUUGAAAGCUUGGGAGUGGAGAUACCGGCUUUAUAAACGCAUGAAAACAGGCUUCGAACAUGCCAGACCCCCCGAGGUGCCAACCAAUGUCUGUCUCAUGGUAACCAGUAACACAUCACUCACUGUCACCUUUCAAGAGCCUCAUAGUGUCAACGCAGCUGUAGUGACCAAAUAUAAAGUGGAGUGGAGCAUUUCUAAAGACUUUUCUCCUCUGGCUGGGGAAAUAAUCAUGGAUAAUCUGCAGUCUUUGAGAUGCACUAUCACUGGACUCUCCAAGGGCCAACACUAUUUUGUCCAAGUCUCGGCUUACAAUAUGAAAGGAUGGGGACCACCUCAGACCACAGCUCCUGUCUGUGCCACUCCUUCUAACUGGAAAGACUAUGACGGCAGAGAGCCCAGACAUAAGGGACAGAAUGAAGCUUUGGAGCGUCUGCUACAGCAGAUCGGGGCUGCUCAUCAGCGUUACAGUUGCCGGGAAAGUUCAAAAUUACAGAACACAGGUCGCAAGCAGUCAGUCUCAAGGAGCCUGAAACAUCUAUUCCAUUCCUCAAACAAAUUUGUGAAGACCUUAAAACGGGGACUCUAUAUAGCUGUUAUAUUUUAUUACAAAGAUAAUAUGUUAGUCACCAAUGAAGAUCAAAUACCAAUUGUUGAAAUCGAUGAUUCUCACUCCAGUUCCAUUAUGCAAGAUUUUCUGUGGUUCACAAAGUUAUCUUGUAUGUGGGAAGAUAUCCGAUGGCUGCGGCAAACUGUGCCUAUUUCCAUGUCCUCAUCCACAACACUGCAGGCCAGGCAGAAGAUGCUUGCGGCCACAGCUCAGUUACAGAAUUUACUUGGAACUCACAACUUGGGAAGAAUUUACUAUGAGCCUAUUAAGGAUCGGCAUGGAAAUAUCGUCAUAGUCACAAUCAGAGAGGUGGAAACGCUCUAUUCAUUUUUUAAUGGUAAAUGGAUGCAGAUAUCAAAGCUACAAAGCCAGAGAAAAUCGCUGUCAACUCCUGAGGAGCCAACAGCUCUAGACAUCUUAAUCAUAACCAUCCAGGACAUCUUGUCCUACCAGAAAAGAAGCCAACAGCGUCUCCCUCCUGGAUUGUACCUUGGUUACCUGAAACUGUGCAGUUCUGUGGAUCAGAUUAAAGUCCUUGUCACCCAGAAAUUACCCAACAUUCUCUGUCAUGUAAAGAUCCGAGACAACAACAAUGUUUCCAAAGAUGAGUGGGAAUGGAUCCAAAAACUUUCUGGCUCUGAAUCUAUGGAAAGUAUAGAUCAUUCUUGUGACUGCCCCACUCAAUUGUUCUUCUAUGAGCUCCAGAUGGCAGUGAGAGCACUCCUGAAACAGAUCAAUCUACCUCUACCGCAGGCCAGGCACUUCCGUCUCUACACACAGGAGGUGUUGGAAAUGGGUCACAAUGUCUCCUUUCUUCUCCUGCUCCCUGCCUCAGACGACGUCUGUACGGCCCCAGGACAGAAUAAUCCUUACACCCCGCACUCAGGAUUUCUUAACCUCCCUCUUCAAAUGUUUGAACUUGUUCAUUUUUGUAGCUACAGGGAGAAAUUUAUUGGUCUAUAUUGCCGCCUUUCUGCUGUCGCGGAGCUCGAUUCUUUGAACACCCAGCAAUCCCUGAGGGAAGCAAUCUCAGACAGCGAAGUAGCAGCAGCCAAGCAAAGACACCAGCAAGUCUUAGAUUAUGUGCAGCAAAUAGAUGAAAUUUGGCGUGAAAUGAGAUGGAUCACAGAUGCACUCCAGUAUGCGAGAUACAAACAACCGGGAACUGGCUUGCCCAUCACGAAACUAAUCGACCCCUUCAAUGAGCAGAAUCAAAAGAAGGUCAAUUCAACAUCAUCACCUAUAGACUGUCUUCCAUCCCCAUCCCCAUCCCCAGAGACCCAGAGGAGAAAGGCAGUAAGUGACUCCCAGCCCUGUUCAGAUGAAGAAGGGUGCUCUGAGGUAUUUCUCCCUACAGAUAGCGACUAUGAUUCCAGCGAUGCCCUUAGUCCCCGAGAACUGGACUUGGUCUAUUUGUCAUCCCAUGAUAUUUCCCAUCAGUCCAUGAGCGGUAUGAGUGGCAGUGCCCCUGAUGUCUUACAGGUGCAUGAUAUGAAGCCCUGCAUGGCUUUAAGAGGGGACAGCCAGGGUCAGGCCCUGGAACCAGACACUGACCAUUCCUGUGCUGAGUAUUUCAACAGUCUGACCCUCUCAGGCUUCAUGGCCAAGAACCCUGAUAAGAUGGCAGGCAGCUCCCAACAGCCAAUGAGCUUCUUGGGGAGGAAGAAGCUGAGCAAGCACCAGCACUAUGGCUACUUCAGCCGCCAUCACCGUUGGCUCCGAAUCCACAGCGAAACACAGUCCUUGUCCCUUUCUGAGGGAGUCUACACUCAGCAUCUCUCCCGGGCUUCAGACUUGUCCCAGGAGACCACCGGGGCAAAGCAGAUCAGGAUCCCAACUGAUAGGCAUCGGAAUCUACUUCUACCCCAUACCUCAAGCCUCCCUGAAGAGAAGAAAAGCAAGUACCAGGAUAUGCGGCCCAUGGUCCGACGCAUUUAUGUGGAACCUUACCCUACAGCCCUGGUGAAUGAUGAUAAACCAUGGGUUGGACUUAACUCCCCUCCAGGAGACCAGGGUGAUAUGCAACGGCCCAAGGAGCAGGAGGUCAUCCCAGGGGACCAGGCCACCUCUCCAGGAUCAGAAAUAUUUAGUAGCAUGCUUUAGGGAUCUGAACCACCUAUUCCCUCAUUCCAUCUACCAUUGCCAUUUUCUCAUCUCACUACUUCUGGGGACAGGAGCCAAGAUGGCAGCCUAGUAGCAAUGAAAGCUGGAAUUGCUCCAAGAAUCCACCCAAAUCACUACUUCUUCAUCUCCCCAUCCCAUUUUCAAAGAGACUGGAAUUGUAAAGUAGAAAAGUUAGUGGUUACCAGGUCCUUAGAGUGGAAUUCAGCUACAGUCUUUUUUUUUAAGGGAAGGAGCUAGGGGUUGAAUUGUCAGUGUUCCUCAUAGACACCUGCUAAGAGCCAACUAUGGCAUCAACUCAUGCUCAAGGAAUCUUGGAUACCUGUGCUUGUUAGAUGAUACCUUCACCUUGGGGAUGCCAGCUUGGUGCCAUCUGAUUGUCAGCCCAAGAAUGUGCCUUAGGGCUUCCAUCUUGUGUUGAAUUGAAACAAGACUAUAGAGGGAGGUGAUAAGAUCAUAGUAUCCCAGAUCUAGAACUAGGUGGCAACUUAGAGAUGAUGUAGUCUAACCUACCCCAUCCCCACCUCCAACCUCUAUGUUAUAGAUAAAGAAACAGAUACAGUGAGGCCUAAUACCAUACAGGGAGUAAGGAACAAAGCUUGGGUCCAAGUCCAGAGCCUCUGAUUCCAAAGCCAGCUCUCUUCUCACUGAAACAUUGGGCUCCUCAUUCCAUUUCCAGCAGCCUGAGCCACUGGGAGGGCGAGCACUUCAAGAAGGACUAGAGAAGGAGUCUGGGGAAUUGUCUUCAGGGCACUGAGCAGAGGAGGGUUCCUUGAAUAUUCUAGAUUGGGGGAUGGCCUCAGACUGCUAAACUUGACCUUUUCAAAUCCAGGUAUAUUUUUAAGAUCAGUUCAAAUGCCUCCAUUUUUCCUGUUAGGAAGACUACUGUACUUGUGAUUCCAUUGGUAUAGGGAACUCCUAGGUCAGGAGACUCUCUACCAAUGUAGGUUGGCAUCUUGUCUACAUCUUAGAGAGUUGCCUGAAGCAUGGAAAAGUGAAGAAACUUGCCCAGGUUCACAUAGUAUGAAUCAGAGGUAGUACUUGAACCCAGGUCUUCCUGGCUCCAAGAUCUCUGCUCUCUGCUUACUACAUCCCAUUGCCUCUCACUCACAUUAACUGUUUGCAAAGUGCUAUAAAUUAUCUCAUUUGAUCCCCACAACAACUCUGGGAAGUAGGUGCUAUUUCCCCAAUUUUACAGGUGAGAAAACUAAAUCAGAGAGUUUAAGUGAUUUUCCCAGGAUCACACAAGGAGUAAGUUUCAGGAGUAGGAUUUGAAUCCAGGUUUCUGACUUUAGAGCCAAUGUUCUUUCCAUUCUACAACACUGUCUCCAUUAUUCAAUUCCCCCACCCUCCCACCCAGGAUCAGAGCUCUGAUUUCAUCAGUAUGGAGAACUCCUAGUAUGGAAAGUCUACCAAUGCUAGUCAGUAACUUUUUCUAUAAGAAAAGAGAGUGGCCUGAGGCCCAAGGCAAGUUUGGGAAGAUCACACCCUCAGUAUCUUUUAGUAGCUAAACUUGAAUUCAGAUUUUCCUGACUACAAGACUAUAGCCUCCAUUCUUGUUGGUGAAAUUCAACCAGAUCAUAUUAUUCUAAGUCUCUACUCUUAAUUUUCCAUGCUUCUAGGCAUGUAAAUAUGCAAUUCCCAUUAGUCAAGGUACAGAGCAUAUAUAGAUAAAAGGAGAGAAUAUUAGAGCUGGAAGAAAACGUAGAUGCUACCAAGCUCUUAGACAGGACCAAGAAACGGAGACCUGGAAGCAUGAAGCAAUUUUUCUAGGAUCAUGCAGCAACUUAUCACUCAAAUUGAGACUACAAGUCAAGUCCCUUAAAGUCCAAUUUCAUAUCUUUCAAACACACUCUACAGCCCAUCUAGAAUUUGCAGCAAUUCUAAGCACUAUUGACUACUUAGUGGAUCAAGCAUAAUGUCUGAGCCCAUAUCCAUCUCCCUUCUCCCACCUGCCUCACUCUAGAAACACUCUAGUUACCCCACACUCUACAUUCAGAGUUGCUAUGUAUUCAAAGAAGGCAAGCUCCUUUUAAUAUUAGUCCGAGCCAAACAAGAAGCUUAAAAAGUCUUUGGAAGGGCAGCAAGGUGGCUCAGUGAAUGGAGAGCUACACCCAGAGAUGAGAGGUUCUGGGUUCAGAUUUAGCCUCAGACACUUCCUAGCUAUGUGGUCCUGGGCAAGUCAUUUAACCCCAAUUGCCUAGCCCUUACUGCUCUUCUGCCUUGGAACUGAUACUUAUCAUCAAUUCUAAGACAGGAGGAAGGGUUGGGGUUUUUUUUCAAGUCUCUGUGAUGCCCAAAACAAAACAAAAAAUAAAGAAAGAAUCCAGUCAAA